UCCCCUUGCAAGCCAUAGCAUACCCAUCAGGGGUGAAUUUCCAAUUGCCAUACUCAGUGGGAUUUGGGGAAGUUGUCAAACCAUGCUAAAACAGUUUGAAAUCUUACCAUGGGACUGCACAGGAUACUUCUGGCACUACAAUGAGCUGUUGUGGUUUAUUCAUUUUGAAUUGAAGCUUUGGUGAUCUUGGCUUUUUUUUUAAAAUCUGGUGCCUGUUUUCGUAGACCUAAAAAUGUAUUAAACAAGUCUUCCAGAGUCUCCCCAGUUUUUUUUCAUAAUUUUGUAUAUUACCUUUUUUAUUUUUAUUUUUUCCUUUAGUCCUUGUCUGCUCCUCAACCAGUGACCUCACUUCCACCUCAUCAGGCUAUGACUAUGGUACAACCUCAGACUAGUGCCCCUAUACAUCAUCAGGGUUUACCGCCUCCACAGGGUUUGGCACUGCCACAGGGAGUUCCACCUCUGCAGGGUAUGACCCUUCCACAAGGAAUUCAUCCUCAAGGGCUCACCCUCCCACAAGGAAUGCCAAUGCCUCAAGGAAUUCCACUCCAUCAGCCUGUUCCGGGAGUGGGUGCUAUGCAACCUCAUUUCCCUGGUCCUAUUAGUAUUCCUCCUCCAGGGUUUGCACCAGGAGUUCCACCUCCUCCAUUUAUGAGGCCAGGUUUUAACCCAAUGCAGUUACCUCCAGGUAAGUUACUAUAUAUUAAUUAGGAUUUCUUAUACUUAAUUGUGAAGUUUUUAACUCUGUACUUGUGUGCAUGCUUGGAAAACAUUAUGAUGUGAAAGAAGUAUUUCCAUAAAGCUAGAGUCAAAAUUUCACCUUCCUGAUAAACUCUGCAAGUGUUCCACAGACCCCCACUACCUGUGAGGAUAUUCAUUAUGGUUUAAAAGCAUCAGCUUAUUAAGAGUGGCUGUGCCAGUUGAUCUCUGUACCCAUAGAGAAGUAAAAGGUGUGCCAACAGCUUUGUAGUGAAAGUAUGAAUCCACCACGAGCUUUAACUUCACUCCGGCACAAUGCAGUAUGGUUCAAAAACUUCCAUAAACAGCCCGUAUAUAUCCCCCCUUAACCCAUCCCAAAUGCAUUAAUCACUGAAAAGUUUAAUAUUGAUCCAAUAACUACUUUGUGAUUAACUUUCAAAUCAGAGGUGCUUUGUGUGUGUGUGUGUGUGUGUGUGUGUGUGUGUGUGUGUGUGCUUCUGUAAGUGUUAUGCAAAAUUAGAUUGCUGUGUGGUGUUUACAUGGUCUUUACACGGAGCAAACCGUUUUUUUUGCCUUUUACGAUGUUGUUCAAAAAGAUAAUGGAAAAGAAUGUUUAAGGGGAAAAACUAUCUUUUUGAAAUACUCGAGACUUGCCACAGUUAGAAAAUAAUAUUUUUGCGAAAUGUGUUAGCUUCCACAUCCUCGUUUUGCCAUAUCACAGCUGCAAUGCACAAUAGCUGCCUGUGGCAUUAAUUGUGUGGGUUCAGUGUCCUCUAUGCAGGAUCCCGUUGUCUUGAAGUAGUCUUAUGAUUGAGAGUACAUUUAGUGAUGUGGACUCUUGGCAGCUUAGGCUGCCUGGUGUUUUAGACUGAGGCAGAGAGAACGUGGCAGCACUAAAGUGUUCAGGUAAGUAUGUCUACUUUCAACCUUUACAUCAGUCGCUAUCUUGGAAGUGGAAAGUUAACCCCACAAAAAAAUAAAUGGAUCUGCUUGACAUCGGUCUGCUUGGUUAGCCUAUUCCACAGUGCUGUACAAUUAGGGAAAUCAAAGGGGAGUGCAGGCUGAGCGAACGCUUGAAGAUGGCGAUGCAGGAUUUAAAAAAAAAAAAAGUGCAUUUCUAUAUUUCACAUUGAACACACCAUGUAUGUUUGUGAAACAUGGUGUUUUCAGAAUAUAUUCGAGUGAUUCCUGGUACGUGAAAAUUUGCAAGACAUGUUCACUUUAAAAUGCGGAGUUGAGACAAGAGGGGAAGGCCAGAGAGAAUUAAAAUAAUUUGUAUGUAUACAACUUUAUUAUACAAUACAGAUAGAGCUUAAAUGGAUACUAUUGUCACCAGAAUAACUACAGCUUAUUGAAUUUGUUCUGCGGGGUAGAAUCAUUACCGUCAGACCUUUUGCCGUAAACACUCUUUUUGGAGAAAAUGCAGUGUUUACAUUACAGCCUAGUGAUAACUUCAUUGCCCACUCCUCGCAUAGCUGUUAGAGAUCCUUCUUGGGUCAUGGCUGCCUAAAAUGCAUUGAAACAUGCAGUAUCUCCUCCCUCUGCAUGCAGACACUGAACUUUCCUCAUAGAGAUUCAUUGAUUCAAUUAAUCUCUGAGGAUAUGCUGAUUGGCCAGGGCUGUGUUUGAAUUGUGCUGGCUCUGCCCCUGAUCUGCCUCCUUGUCAGUCUCAGCCAAUCCUAUGGGGAAGCAUUGUGAUUGGAUCAGGCUACCACUUCUGCUGAUUUCAGCAGGCAGUGGGCAGGUCUAAAGGAAACUGGGACAAAGCCAGCCGCUUCAGGCUUGUGAACAAAUAAGAUGUUACUAUGUUUAGGGAGGCAAGAGGUGGACAGGGGGGCUAGAUGGUGGUUUUAACCCUAUUAGGUAAGGAAUAUAUGUUUGUGUUCCUGACCCUAUAGUGCUCCUUUAAAGUUUUCCAAACUUUUCAUAUCAUAAUUGAAGAAUAAACACUAUAAAAUAAUGAACACUAAACUGAUGUUUCAAGCCAUCACAAUAUCUUAAUUGCGUACAGCACAUGGAAGUCCCUCUAAUCUUAAAAAUCUAUUUCAUAUAAUGUUGUGAUAAAGGGUUUACCAAGACCUAGCUGGUACAUGAAUGUUUCUCAAGCAAGAAUAAGCUCUAUUGAAUAACAAAAUGUACAGUAUUUUACAGGAACACUAUAGGGUCAUACAAAUGCAUAUUCCUCACCCCAAAUGUAAAAAAAACAUGAGGUCCUCUCUUACCCCCUUAAAUAAGCAAAAAAAAUGGGGAAGCAUUGUGAUUGGAUCAGGCCACCACUUCUGAUAUCUGCAGACAGCUUGUUUUUCUAAGGCAAACAGCAUGCAGAUCUACAGCUUCAGGCUUGAAUACAGUAAGAUUUUGCUCUAUUAAUGGAGGCAUGAGGGGCCAUGGGGGGCUAGAUGGUGGUUUUUACGAAAUGUGUUAGCUUCCACAUCCUUGUUUUGCCAUAUCACAGCUGCAAUGCACAAUAACUGCCUGUAGCAUUAAUUGUGUGGGUUUAGUGUCCUCUAUGCAGGAUCCCGUUGUCUUGAAGUAGUAUGAUUGAGAGUACAUUUAGUGAUGUGGACUACAGCUUAUUGAAUUUGUUCUGCUGAGUAGAAUCAUUACCGUCAGACUUUUUGCUGUAAACACGGUCUUUUCAGAGUGAUGUGGACUACAGCUUAGAUGGUGGUUUUAACACUAUAGGGUCAGGAAUUCAUGUUUGUGUUUCUGACCCUGUAGUGAUCCUUUAAUAGCAUGUUUAACAUGUUGUUAGUGAUGAUUUGCAUGUAUGUAUUUAUUCCAAUUUUGAUUGAGACUUUAAUGAUUGAGACUUUAAUGAUUGAGAAUAUAUAUUUAAUAAUUGAAUUAAAAAUUGUAAUGCAUUCAUGCAAAUCUUCACUAACAAAAUGUUAACAUAAGCUGUAUCUGUAUUGUAACCGCUAAUAAAGUUUUCUAUAAUUACAAUAGAUAUAUAAAUGCACAUCACAUCUAUCAAAAAGUUAACACAAUGUUAUGCUCCAAAGGAGCAAGGUAGAAUACAAAUCAAUAUACAUAAAUCUUUGCUCUAAAAAAAAAAAAUAUAAAGGUAUGCAUUUGGUACACGUUCCAAGCUGUCAAAGAUAAAGUAAUGAGUGUUAGGUGACCACAUAAGGAUCUUAGAGCUUCUAUACAGUUGGUAGCUAUUAGAAACUUCUAAAAUCUUGUGAUCUUGAUGGUAAGGUCUUUUUGCUGCUUAUACAAAGAUUUGCAACAGAGUUGAUCUUCCAGGAGGGUUAAGCCAAAUGGCGCAUGAUUUAGGUAAGCAAAAAAAAAAAUGGUUAGAGUUGUGGCAACAGACAUUUAAUGUGGAAAAGUCCAAGAUAAUGCAUCUUGAGUGUAAAAACCCAAAGGGCAGAGUAUAGAAUAUGUAAUGCAGUGCUAACCUCAACAUCUGAGGAAAGGGAUUUAGGAGUAAUUAUUUCAGAUUACUCAAAGAUAUAAACAUAGAAUGGGACAGCAGUUAAGUACCAUUCGGCCCAUCUAGUCUGCCCAAUUUUCUAAGUACUUCUAUUAAUCUCUGGCCUUAUCUUAUUGUUAGGAUAGCCUUAUGCCUAUCCCACGCAUGCUUAAACUUGUAUACUGUGUUAACCUCUACCACUUCAGCUGGAAGGCUAUUCCAUGCAUCCACUAUCCUCUCAGUAAAGUAAUCCUUCCUGAUAUUAUUUUUAAACCUUUGCCCCUCUAAUUUAAGACUGUCCUCUUGUUGUGGUAGUGUUACUUCUUUUAAAUAUACUCUCCUCCUUUACUGUGUUGAUUUCCUUUAUGUAUUUAAAUGUUUCCAUCAUAUCCCCCGUCUCGUCUUUCCUCCAAACUAUACAUGUUGAAGGAGCACUAUAGCGUCAGGAACACAAGCAUGUAUUCCUGAUCCUAUAAGGUUAAAACCACCAUCUAGCCACCUUGGUCCCCUCAUGCCUCCCUAAAUAUAGUAAUCUUACUUGUAUUCAAGUCUGGAGCUGCUGGCUUUGUCCCUGUUUCCUUUAGACCUGCCUGCUGACAUCAGCAAAAGUGGUAGCCUGAUCCAAUCCAAAUGCUUCCCCAUAGUAUUGGCUGAGCCUGACAAAGGCAGAUCAGGGGCAGAGCAAGCACAAUUCACACAGCCCUGGCCAAUCAGCAUCUCAUCAUAUUGAUUCAGUAAAGGAGAUUCAUUGGAAUCUCUAUUAGGAAAGUUCACUGCAUGCAGAGGGUGGAGGCACUGAAUGUUUGGAUGCAUUUUAGGCAGCCAUGACCUUGGAAAGGAUCUCUAACAGCCAUCUGAGGAGUGGCCAGUGAAGUUAUCACUAGGCUGUAAUGUAACCACUGCAUUUUCUCUGAAAAGACAGUGUUUGAAGCAAAAAGCCUGAAGGUAAUGAUUCUACUCACCAGAACAAAUUCAAUAAGCUGUAGUUGUUCUGGUGACUAUAGUGUCCCUUUAAGAUCCUUUAACCUUUCCUUGUAAGUUUUUUGUCCUGCAAUGCAUGAACCAGCUUAGUAGCCCUUCUCUGAACUCUCUCUAAAGUAUCAAUAUCCUUCUGGAAACAUAGGUAGACAAUGUAAUAGAGCAGGAAAUGCUAGCAGAGUGCUUGGUUGUAUAUAGAGAGAGGUAUUGGCAGUAGAAAGAGGGAAGUGCUCAUGCCAUUGUACAGAACACUGGUGAGACCUCACUUGGCGUAUUGUACGCAGUACUAGAGGCCGUAUCUCCAGAAGGGUAUUGAUACGUUAAAGAGAGCUCAGAGAAGGGCUACUAAACUGGUUCAUGGAUUGCAGGAUUAAGGAAAGAUUAAAGGAAUUUAACAUGGAUAGCUUGGAAGAAAGACGAGACAGGGGGGAUAUGAUAGAAAUAUUUAAAUACAUAAAGGGAAUCAACAAAGUAAAGGAGGAUACUAUUUAAAAAAAAAAAAAAAAAAAAGUGGUAGAGGUUAACACAGUGAGGGAGUUUAAGCAUGUGUGGGAUAUGCAUAAGCCUAACCUAACUACAAGAUAAGGCCAGGGACUAAUGUAAGUAUUUAAAAAAUUGGUCAGACUAGAUGGGCCAAACCGUUCUGCUGUCACAUUCUAGAUUUCUACACUGCUCAAAAAAAAUAAAGGGAACACUUAAACAACACAAUGUAACUCCAAGUCAAUCACACUUCUGUGAAAUCAAACUGUCCACUUAGGAAGCAACACUGAGUGACAAUCAAUUUCACAUGCUGUUGUGCAAAUGGGAUAGACAACAGGUGGAAAUUAUAGGAAAUUAGCAAGACUCCCCCAAUAAAGUAGUGGUUCUGCUGGUGGUAAACAAACACCACUUCUCAGUCCCUUUGCUUCCUGGCUGAUGUUUUGGUCACUUAUGAAUGCUGGCGGUGCUUUCACUCUAGUGAUAGCAUGAGACAGUCUACGACCCACACAAGUGGCUCAGGUAGUGCAGCUCAUCCAGGAUGGCACAUCAAUGCGAGCUGUGGCAAGAAGGUUUGCUGUGUCUGUCAAUGUAGUGUCCAGAGCAUGGAGGCGCUAUCAGGAGACGUGGAGGAGGCCGUAGGAGAACAACCCAGCAGCAGGACCGCUACCCCUCGCCUUUGUGUAAGGAGGAACAGGAGGAGCACUGCCAGAGCCCUGCAAAAUGACCUCCAGCAAGCCACAAAUGUGCAUGUGUCUGCUCAAACUGUCAGAAACAGACUACAUGAGGGUGAUUUGAGGGCCCGACGUCAACAGGUGGGGGUUGUGCGUACAGCCCAACACCAUGCAGGACGUUUGGCAUUUGUCAGAGAACAUCAAGAUUGGCAAAUUCGCAACUGGCGCCCUGUGCGCUUCACAGAUGAAAGCAGGUUCACACUGAGCACAUGUGACAGACGUGACAGUCUGGAGACGCCGUGGAGAACGUUCUGUUGCCUGCAACAUCCUCCAGCAUGACCGGUUUGGCAGUGGGUCAGUAAUGGUGUGGGGUGGUAUUUCCUUGGGGGCCGCACAGCCCUCCAUGUGCUCGCAGGUGUAGCCGGACUGCCAUUAGGUACCGAGAUGAGAUCCUCAUACCCCUUGUGAGACCAUAUGCUGGUGCGUUUGGCCCUGGGUUCCUCGUGAUGCAAGACAAUGCUAGACCCAUUGUGGCUGGAGUGUGUCAGCACUUACUGCAAGACGAAGGCAUUGAUGCUAUGGACUGGCCCGCCCCAGACCUGAAUCCAAUUGAGCACAUCUGAGACAUCAUGUCUCGCUCCAUCCACCAUCAUUACGUUGCACCACAGACUGUCCAGGAGUUGGCAGAUGCUUUAGUCCAGGUCUGGGAGGAGAUCCCUCAGGAGACCAUCCGCCACCUCAUCAGGAGAAUGCACAGGCGUUGUAGGGAGGUCAUACAGGCAUUUUGAAGCCACACAUACUACUGAGCCUCAUUUUGACUUGUUUUAAGGACAUUACAUCAACGUUGGAUCAGCCUGUAGUGUGUUUUUCCACUUUAACUUUGAGUGUGACUCCAAAUCCAGACCUGCAUGGGUUGAAAAAUUAUAUUUCCAUUUAAUUUUUGUGUGAUUUUGUCAGCACAUUCAACUAUGUAAAGAACAAAGUAUUUCAGAAGAAUAUUUAAUUCAUUCAGAUCUAGGAUGUGUUAUUGUUGUGUUCCCUUUAUUUUUUUGAGCAAUGUAUAUAGCACAAAGUCAGAAGUUUAUCUAUUCUUGCUUACCUCAAAUGUCCAUAAAGGAAUAAAAAUUGUGUGUAUGUAUGUGUGUGUAUGUAUGUGUGUGUAUGUAUGUGUGUGUAUGUAUGUGUGUGUAUGUAUGUGUGUGUAUAUAUAUAUAUAUAUAUAUAUAUAUAUAUAUAUAUAUAUAUAUAUAUAUAUAUAUAUAUAUAUAUAUAUAUAUAUAUUCUGUUUUAGAAAUGUAACCUUUGUUGAAUUUGUGAUUUGAUUAGACAGGAGCAUUCGAAAGGUCUCGACUUUCACAGGCAUGCUUCUUGGUUCUUUCUUAUAGGAAGAGAGGUGACUGCCCCAGUUGUAUAUAAGGAAUGCAAGAGGGUCUUGGACAAAUUUAACAGUCAGCCCUGAACUCUUGUUUUGGUCUUUCAGCUGGGCAGGGUUACAAUUUUACAAAUCACUGUAGUUAUAAGUCCUGCUGAGCUUUGUUUCAGUACACUAUGUGCCACCUGACAUUGAAUAUAUAUUUUCCAUGAUCUUUAAAAUGUUUCCAAAUUGCUUUGAUAUCUGAAGUGACUGUUUAUUCAUAUUGUAACAAAAAGCAUCUAAUGAUUUAUUUUGUACUUAACUGAAAAGGUGACUCAAUUAUUUUUGUAUUUUUUUCUGACAUGGCUGCUUGCAAAGCUUUGAUUUGUGAUGUAUCUUCUGCAGAGUGAUCAUGAGAUAUUUGCAAUGUGUGUUUGGUUGUGCCAGGAAUCUACUGGAUUGGGAUGUCAAUUGUGCCGAAUCUUUAGUAUAUAUUUAAAUAGCCUCUAUAGUGUCAGUAGCACAAGCUAGUAUUGAUAAAACCACUAUUUAGGUGGUCAGCCCCCAUUACCUUGGUUAAGUUAUUUUACUAACCUUUGUUCAGCACAGAGUAUCUGGCCCCUCCCGCUCCCUACCCACCUUUUUGGCUUACAUCAGAAUUAAUUUCAGCCAAUCACAAUGCUUUCCCAUAGGAUAAUAUCGGCCAAAGAGGCGGGAUGAGGCUGAGUUAAACACCCCUUUUGCCAAUCAGCAUUUCCUAAUAAAGAUUCAUUGAAUCAAUAUAUCUCUAUGUGGAAAGUUAAGAGCGUGGAGAUGCAGCAAGCACCUUGAGUGGCCACUAGAGGUGAUCCUAGGCUGUAGGUAAAGACAGUACUUACAUUAAAAAGUCUCCAGGGAUUGACUAUACUUAACAGAACAAAUACAAUAAGCUGUAGUUGUUCUGGUGACUAUAGUGUCCCUUUAAAAUAAAAAUACAUUCUAGAUUAUUUUCAAUACACAGUCGUCUGUUUAUAAAAAAAUAAAAUAAAUCUGAUGUGAAGUCAGUUUGGCAUACCUCCUAAGUGUCCCUAUUAAUAAGGAACAGUCCUAAUGUGGGCUCAAAUCCCCCUCUCUCUUUUCUAUGAGCUCUGCAUUGUUUGAGUGUCUGAAUGUUUACUAGAGCUCCACAGCAAUAAUACUGUGUCAAACUACAAUAAAUGUGUUAAGUCUGUGUAAGAUACAACUGUUUGUCCCUAAUUACAUUUUAGUUGCAAAAAUAAUUAGUAACCUAAAAUGUCUCAGAACAGCACCACUCAUGGCUAAACCUCUAUUCACACCCCUAAAAUUAAAGUGUCCUCCUAUGUCCAUUUGAAAUGUUGGCAGGUAUGCCAUUUUGCCAUCCACCCUGUCCUUUGCACAUCUUAGUCCUUAAAGUACUAUAGAUGUAAACUAUUUUGUGCUGAAUUGAUUAAAUAUGUAGACAUUUAGUUUAUACUGGAUACAUGUAUCGAAAUGGCAGACUUUUACAUUGAAGGGGCACUAUAGUCACCAGAACAACUACAGCUUAUUGUAUUUAUGUGGAGUAUAAUCAUUCCCUUUAGGCUUUUUGCAAUAGUCUUUUCAGAGUAAAUGCAGUGUUUACAGUAAAGCUGAGGGAUAACUCUACUGAUAACUCCUCAGGUGGCUACUAGAGGUGCUUCCUGGGACAGUGCUGAACACUGUUAUCAACAUUCAGUGUCUCUAAGAUAUGCAUGGAGACAUUGAACUUUCUUCGUAGAGAUGCAUUGAUUCAAUGCAUCUAUGAAGAGAUGCUAAUUAGCCAGUGCUGUGUUUGACUUGCACUGGCUCUGCCUCCUUGAAAGUCUCAGCCAAUCCUAGGCGGAAGCAUUGUGAUUGGCUCAGAAUAACACUUCUGAUUAUGUCAGCCAAGCAGACAGAUCAGGGGCAGAGCCAGCAGUUGCAGACUUGAACAAAAGUAAGAUUUUACUAUAUUUAGAUGGCUUUAACACUAUAGGGUCAGGAAUACAUGUUUGUGUUCCUGACCCUAUAGUGUUCCAUUAAACCGCUUUUUCAUGCAGGCUGUGUCGGGCACAGCCAGGGAAGGUGUGGAAAUGGUUGCAUAAACAGAAACAAAAGUGAUUUAACUCCUAGAAGUGAACAGGGGCAUGAUCUAUACAGCAAAACUGCUUCACUACCCUAAAGUUGUUUUGGUGGCUAUAGUAUCCCUUUAAGUCUAUUUGUCUCUUUUCAAUCUAGAAGUCCAUCACUAAAACACUGCCAAAUAAUGAUAAACUCGGGAGUUUUACGUACCUAAACCUGUACCUUGUAGGUUUCGCCAUCAUCUUCCCUGCCAUUCCUGUUCUCUCAUGGUGCUUCACUGGUGACGGUUGGGGGAAAUGAUGAGGCAUUGUCAAGUGGAGGAAAAAUACUUAGUCUCAGUAUAUCUUUUGAAUCCUUUGGACGUUCAGUGAGAAUGAAACACUGUUAAAGAUGUUGUCUUUAUAAAGCACUCAUUUUGCAUGUGUGGGGGGCUGACAGUGCAACUUUAAGGGAAACUUUAAACUAGAAAGGGGUGGACUAGAAGUCGUAGUUAGGAGAGUAACACAAAAUAUAUAGAGGAAGCCCUACUUUUAAUAGUCCUAAGGGGAAACGCAAGUUGUAAAAUAGGAUAGGGAGAGACAGAAAAGUAUAUAUAAUAUCUGUAGAAAUACUGCUGGGUUGGCCAAGAUGAACAAAGCUACAAAAGUCUGAACCUAAACUGAGCACUGUCCCAGUCAGUAUACAGAGGUCAGGUAUAUCCAGAGGUAAAGGGUGUAGAUGAAGGAGCAAAAUCCCAAACCAGAAACUCAUGUAAGGUCUGUCCCUAUAUCACCUCUGCACCGUGGACCAGCCACUAAUGCCUACCGGAACCACUCUCCCUUCCUUAAAGGACCACUAUAGUGCCCUGAGGGUGGGAGAGUGGUUCCGGUAGGCAUUAGUGGCUGGUCCACGGUGCAGAGGUGAUAUAGGGACAGACUUUACAUGAUCUAUACAGCUCUGGAAAGGAGAAAAGGGGUAAAACUUACCUUUUUCCAGCGCUGGGCGGGGAGCUCUCCUCCUCCGAUUCUCCUCCGUUCCUCCCCGUCGGCUGAAUGCGCACGCGCGGCAAAUGCUGCGCGCGCCUUCAGCUGGUCGCAUAGGAAAGCAUUAUCAAUGCUUUCCUAUGGACACUUGCGUGCUCUCACUGUGAUUUUCACAGUGAGAAGCACGCAAGCGCCUCUAGCGGCUGUCAUUGAGACAGCCACUAGAGGCUUUGGGGGAAGGCUUAACCCAUUUAUAAACAUAGCAGUUUCUCUGAAACUGCUAUGUUUAUAGUUUCUCUGAAACUGCUAUGUUUAUAAAAAAAAAUGGGUUAACCCUAGCUGGACCAGGCACCCAGACCACUUCAUUAAGCUGGGGGGAUAUAAUAUUAUUUAGAAAUUUACCAGUAGCUGCUGCAUUUCCCACCCUAGUCUUCUACUCGAGUCAAUAAGUUUUCCCAGUUUUUUGGGGUAACAGUAGGGGUCUCAACUUAUAUUCGGGUCGACUUAUACUCUAGUAUAUACGGUAAUUGCAGUACUUAUAAGUAAUAAAGGCAAGUCCUAUUUCUAUUUUUUUUUUUCUUUUUUCACUUCAUUUUCAAUUUCAGUACAUGGAUAUUUAAGCAACUUUUUCUUUAAAUCCAGUCCUUCAGUGUGCAUAACUCUAUGGUGGUCAAACUUUUGCAGAGCUUUCAUAGAGUAGCAAAGAAAAAAGUUAUUAUCCCUAUGCACAUUUAAGUAAAUCGAAGACUUUUAGUAUCAUUCCAAUGGCCAUUCAAGUGUAAGUACAUCUGCCACGUCAAGGCAAAACCUCAUAACAAUUCACUAAAAAUUCACCUUGCUGUCUUUAGGUGGGGUGUGUGACAGCACUCUAACAUGGCUGUGUUAUAUAAAAGGAAACACACACAUACAAAAUUAAGCCCUGCACUCCUAGAAUAGCAUUUAUCAGAAACUCGCAUGACUAACAAUAGCUAUGGUCAUACUGUAAGCUUACAGAGCUUUAAUUCAUGUUAGCAGCACCUCAGUAUGUCAGCAGUGUUACUUACCAUUAAGGUUCUCAAACUAUCAAGUGUGUAGCGUUUAGGGAAUAUUCAAAUGACUCUUAACGUUUAGAGAAACAUUGCUAAUAUCUAUAAACCAGAAAGUGUUAAAAAAAAAUUUUUUUAAAUACAUUUGAUCGUUAUUUGAGUAUAAUUAGGUAUAUUAGAUGGAGGAGGAAUCGUUCUUAACAUGCAUUCAGACCUUGGAUCAGAAAUCCUUUUCCCUAAAGUGACAGACUGUGAAAUAAAGGUUGAAUAUUAGAUCUCUUUACAGUAAGUGUUUAGGAAGGCUGUGUAUAUUACUUGCAGGGAUGUCUGACUAGGGUUUUAAAAACUAUAAAUUUAAUUAAAACUGAAUUAACUCCUAAAUGGCAGCGCAUUAAGCAUUGAGACUCGAGGGGCAUGAUCUAUACAUCAAAACUGCAUCAUUAUGCUAAAGUUGUUUUUGGUGACUAUAGUGUUCCUUUCAGGCCCAAAUACACUAUCUGUUAAAGGGGUGUGUGUGUGUGUGCGUGCGCACUCUCUUAUAUUUGGAUUUCUGAAUUUUGAUAUCCAUCCAGCUAUCUUGGAGAGGACUGUUUUUAAGGACUUCUCUUAGUCACUGAGUUUGUAGGCUGUUGAAGUAUAUUUACCUUGCCACAGCAGAUGUUAAACUGUCACACGUCCUCCUUUUAUAGCUACAACGAAAAAAACCUUUUAAAUCUGUGUUCUGGUUUUAGGCUUUCUCCCACCUCCGGGACUACUUCCACCUAUGACUCCGGUUUCUAUUCCUCCGCCAACAUCUGCAAUAAACAUCCCAACUUGUAAGUUUCUAUAUAUUGAUGAGAGCCCACGGUGGUUAGUAUAAUACAUGUUACCCCCUCGUGUUUAUUACAUUAGUAUGUACUAAAUAUUUUUUACAUUGCUGUAGCAGAAUCUAGCAACUCUGACUAUUGCGAUGAUGAGCAGGUUUGUUUUGACACUUUGUUUCUUAGCUACAGCAGGUGGUCAGUCUAGUGAUGCAACUCAAGAGCAGGCUCAUGUGAAUGCCAUUCAAACCGCUCCCAGCAGAGAAAGCAUUGAUUCUGAUGAUAGUGGCAAUGGAUUUGGGUCUUCGCCACAAGGAGGGCCAAAUAAUGCCCCUGGGCCUGUGAACCCACAUCUCGGUAAGUUACUUUCUGUUGAUCUUUAAAAAUUAUUUUCGGGUUUACCUAUGAUUUUAACAUAAGGCGUGUUUGAAAUGUGUUAAAAAUCCAUUGUGAUUGUCAAAGGCAUACAGUUCUGCAGGGUAUUGAGGCACGUUUUAUCGAUCAUUUUGUUAACCUAUUACUUUUUUUUUUUUCAACUGCCCUAUCAAUGUCACAAUUUAAGAACAUUUUACUUUGUGCCAGAGAAUUUUCACCAAAUUUAAUCUGUUAUAUUGAUUUUGAAGCUACAAACAAAGUUCUAUAUCCAUUAUUUUUGUUUGUUUUUCUCUAGCUAGUUCCUCUUAAUUCAGUUAUUAUUGUGAUUAUAUAAAGUGUGUAUCCCUGUUUUGCUAGGGGGUGAUUAAGCUUCCCUUUGCAGCUUUUUUGUAGUUAAACCACCAAUAAUUUGAUAUAUAAUGGUGUUAAGGAAUUUUGAUGGGUAGGAUCUGUUCGUAUCCAACAGUACUGACGUGUGCUUCUUUUAAAAUAUCAUUAGGCUGUAUUGACGAGUGUAAGACAUUUUCCAUCUUGUGUAUCUUGAGUUUUAUGUACUAUUAAGGUGAUAACCCUUCAGUAGGGAUAGAAUGAGUCUUUCUCACCACAUAAGCAGUGCAUGUUAUCUUUAACAGCAAGUUAGUACUUCACUGUAAACUGACUAAUUUAUACAGCUGUGAUCUUUAUAGUCCUUGUGAAUGUUUGUUUUUUUUUGUUUUUUUUUUCACAUAAUGAAUUCAAAUCUAAAAUCACUGGCUGCUGAGCUUGUCCUUUUUCUUCCCUGAGUGCUGCCAUUUCAUGUGAUCUUUAGGCUAAAGCACUAUUUAACUCUGAAGAUCACUCCUCUCUAGUCCUACUGCUCAAACUGUGUUGCAUGGUAUUUGGUGCUGUGAGACUGUGAUUCUUGCAGCUAGAGAAUCUCCAUCUAUUUAUGAGAACCACUGACCACGGCACCGAGUGUGCGACUUGAAAACCUAUUAGGACAAGGUAAACCGUGUGAUCCUCAUUAGGUAAGCAGUGUUUGAUCGAAAAAACACAUGAAAUUGUUAUUUUAAGGGAGAGAAGGGUUUUAAUUAGUACAUUUACAUUUCAGUGACAGAUUUUCUCUAAGUUUAAAAAGUUGUAGUGUUCCCCACAACAGGAAAUGGAUUACCUAAUGGAUUAGGUAAAAUGUAAAGAGCAAUACUGGGACGACGUUCUGAAAGUGGACCACUCACAGUGGAAAUAAUGUUUUUACAUGUUAUUCCACACUUACCACUUCAUUCCUCAUUUUGUUCUCCUCCCAUACAUAAACUUUUGAGCCUAUAAUUUACACGAGCUAGCCUUGAAAUACUACUUAUGUUUUGUGUUUUUUCAUUUGCAACUACUUGAAUUUACAUAAGAUUACUAGAAAUCAGUUUGUAGUAUUUGAUAGAUGCUGAUUUAGGACCUUAACUCAGGAUAGGCACUGACCGAUGAUUUUUUUACAUUAUAGUAUAAAGCAAAAAAAUAUUAUUUGUAGCUUAAAUGCAAAUGCCAUGCAGAUCACUGUCAAAUUGCUUUUUACACAAUACAGUCAUACUGUGAAUUGUAUGCUCAUGGAUCUCUGAUACUUACACUGCACAUUAGAGGUUUAUUGCAGUGGUGCUCUGAUGCUCAUAUACAUUACACAUUACUGUGAGGCUAAUUGCUGUGAUACACUUAUUCACAUUGCAAAUUAUGAUUUUUAUUGCAUAGGUGCUCUGUGAUAGUCAUACACAUUGCACAUUACUGUGAGUCUGAGGGCCUGCUGCUUACACUAAAAACACUGAGCCCCCAUACAGCCUUACCCUCUGUGCCUAUUCUUCCAAAGACCCACUUUUUCUCUCCUUUUAUUUGUAUUUAUUUCUUUGUAUUGUCUACAGCCUGAUCUCUCUAUAAUGUCUGUAUGUAAAUAUCCCAGCAGAGGCAUCUUGUGGAGUGCUUACCCUUUUUUAAAAUUAUUAUUUUAACUGGAGUACUGAAGAGUCCAGCGCUGCUGCCAGUUCUGAGUUGAAUCGGUCUCUGCUUAUUUGCUUGCACAGACCAGCUUCUGUGUGGUGUAACUUGUGGUCCUUACCGAAAGCAGAUGCGAUUAAAAAUGUAAUUUUCCUCUAAUGCUCAGUAAGAAUCAUUGCAUGUUGCACCAUGAAGACUCUGGUCUGUGCAGAUUUAGAGACCUGGUAAGUGUGUCACUGGAAGUAUGCGUAGUCACACACCGGUGAUUGCUGUUACCAAAUGGUCUGGGACUGCCUGCUAUAUUGUCUGCUCAGGGGGGAACCACAACUGAUGUAUGAAAAAGACAUCUGAGGCUGGUGAUAAUGGUUUUCUUUUUAUUAGACACUUUCGAUACAGUCUAAGGUUAUUUACUAAAAUGUGAAUUAAACGUGAGCUUUAAAUUUCAGGUCAAACUUGGAAAAUAAUCUGAACGGUAAGCAUCGAGUUCAGUUAAAUAUGAAUUCACUUUGAAUUCUCGCUUUAGUAAAUAACUCUGUAAGUCACACAUUGGCACUAGCUUAUAUUACGAGACAAAUGACCAGAUGAUACAUACAAUCACAGUGGUAAAUAUGGUGGUAUGAAGCCAUGCAAAAUUACUUCAUAAAAAAAAUAUAUAUAACUCUGACAUACGCCAGGAUCCCAUACUAGUGGACUUCCUUUACCUGAAGUGUAAAAUGUUUGCAAGAGACCGCUACUUAUUGAAAUACGUGCAUUCGAUACUAGUGGAGUGCACGUGGAGGGACACCAUUCAGAUGCCAUCCGCUGAUCUGUUGAAGAUGCACUUUUAGGACUAGUGUACUGAACCCCAGUAAAAAGCUUUCUAUUAAGGAAGCACGUUUUCUGUAUCACAUGAGUUUUAUGGGUAUCUCACUGGACACUAGAAGAAGUUUUUAAGAUGAAGGGGUCACAUUAAUUACAACGCAACUUUAGAGAUGUUCAUUUUCAAAGUGACAUAGGAAUCAAAAUGAUUGGACAGCAUCAGAAAAAAAGGUAAGUUGCACAGCAGUAAGCUUUGAAGAGCACACUUUCAGAUUCACAAAACACAUUCACUGAAUACAUAACACUUUUUUAGUUUUCCUUUUUUAAUAGUGAUGUUCAGUGUUUAAUCUGAAAUUAGAACUUUAUUUGAAAAGCCGUAGGAUUGAUUCCUAUUUGGAAGGUGCACAAAGUGUGUAUCUUAAAAUAAAUGUAAAAAAACACAACACACUGGAAACCAGUUCAAUUAUGUUAAAAUAACCCAGUGCAGUUGGUCAACAAAGAGUGGACUUCAUGUAGACAUCUUAGGGCAAAGCUUUAGUGAGGUGGUGGGUAUUGGUUGUCUAUUAUACAUGGAAUAGAAAGGAUUUUAAAACAUUUGAUAGGUGUUCUGUUUUAAUGUCUUUUAUAAUUCUGGAUGACUUUGGGAGAAGGCUACUAAUUCAAGUUAUUCACUUUAUAUAGAAUGGCGUUUUGUGCUAUGUGAAUAUAUACAUUGUCUCUUUUAUUAAGCAUAAGACAUUCAGAUCUGAUAUAUAUAUAUGAAAUAAUGCACGCUCAGCCUAUGCUUAAAAUUGAAGUGAAUGCUGGCUUAGAUAUUGUGUUAGGACAAAUCUAAGGUGUUGGGAUUUAUUGUGCCGGUACAAAAAUACCCUUGCUCCCACUUUUCUUUUGAGACUUCAAGGUUUUUUCCCCCUUAAACGGGAACCUGCCCUUCCUAUGGAUUUUUAUAUUGAUCAUCUGUAUUUAACUAUGUAUGUUAUAUCUGAAAAGUACAAUUAAAUAUAGAAAUCCACACAGCUGUGUCUAGCUCUAUCCUGGAACUGAGAACCUUGGUUCCUUGUCAGUCAUUGAUAUACGACACUGUCUUUUGCAUGUGUCAGUAAGCCUAGAGAGAGAAUUUUCCUCUUCCAAAUCAGUAUGUGCAUGGAGUGAACUGGUUUGUGUUGUCAGUUGGUACAUUUUUACUAUUCAUGUAAAAGAAAAUUAAGCAUUACAUGAAAUAUUUAACACAAGCUAGAGGUCAAUUUCAGUGCCUUAAUCAAUGGUUUAAUUUCAGAUGAAAUGCUGGUUGCCGUUAGUGGUCUGUAUUUUGUACCUAAACCUAUAUUUGGCAAUAUCUUUACAUUCUAAUAAUUAAAUUCUGUGCAUAUAAAAAGGGUGAAAGGGAUACACAUUUUAAUAAGUAAUUUAGCAACUUUAUAAUUUAUGGUUAAAGUGUGAAACCCAUAUAAAUGACGGCUAAAAUGUUGUCACACAGCAAAUCAUAUGACAUUUUCCUACAAGUCACUUAAACACUCCUUAAAAAGCCAGAUAAUGUAGUAGACAAUUAACUAUGAAGCACAACUUUCUGGCACAUAUUAAUAUUUUUCUUUGACUGUAGAAGACAGCAUUUUGUAGACUGAAACAUAAAUAUGCAAAUGAAGAUAAAGUGACACCACACUUAUACAUGUGCAAGUUCAACUCUGAUUCUAGAAAUCAAUCAUUUAGAAAUCCAAUUCUGGAGCAAAUGCUAUUGCUUGAGAUGUGGUCGGCUGCGUCUGUUUGGACUUUACAUUAACAGUGGUGCUUUAAAGGUUUUGAGUCUUUCUUUUUUGUUUGGCAGAAAAUUAAAACUCAAAACCUUAAUUUGCAUAGUGUACACUUUGUUCUUUAAAGUUUACAUGGUAGGAUGUCCUUUAUUCACAAUGUACUGCCUUAUUUUAAAUAAAGUUUGUUUUUAUAAAUAUGUCCAGUGUCUAGUUAUUAAUGUAGUAUGUGAAACGGUAAUGUAAAGCACUAUUACACUGCCAUAUUUUUACCUUGAACUACAGAUUCUGUUUUUGAGGCGUCACCAGAAUGGACUGCUUGGUCAUAUACCAUAUUUUGAAUAACAUUCACCUUUAAAAAAAAAAAAAAAAAAACACUGACCAAAUCUCCAGGCAUUUUUAAAAAGCUACAUUGCUACCAAAUACAUUCCCUUCAAAGCCUCAAACCUGCCCUAUAGCUUUCUUUCCUCUUUCAUUUCAAUGAAACAUUUUAAACACACCUUUAUAAUUACAGCUGUUUUUUUCCCAGUUCAAGUGUUUUACAUGAAUUAUUAGUUUCCAUCAUGCAUUAAACACAAUGCAAAAGGAGGUAAGCACUUGCAUAUUUUUAUUGGGAAUUACUGUUACUACGUUCUUAGUGACCUGGGUUUUUUUGGGGGGGUGUUUUUUUAUGAUAGUUAUAUGGUUGCACACACAUGAACAUUCUAUACAUUUUUAUUAGUAAAAUAAAUUUGUAUAGGUUACCCCUGUAGUAUACUGUAAGUGUUGCUAAAAUGAUCUAGAUUUUAGUUGUUUAUUACUGUUAUCAAUUUAGCCUAUCCUCAAUUCUACCUUUUUACACAUGUACACUUUUCUCACCAUGUAAACAUUGGACAGGGUUUAUAAUGUUUGUCUUUUAAAUGAUCUGGAAAGAGGCUACUUGCAGGUCAAUGCUUGGUGCUUCAAGAAAAUGAUGGGUGAUUAAAGCUAAGGUACCCGUUAAGACCUUAUGGUCACAUGUUCAAUUGCUGGUACUGCCUGUCUGAUCUCAGAAGAUAAUUACAAUGGAUUUGGAUAUCUUUGAGUAAUGGUCAUAUGAAUGCACUGACACUUUAGUAUGGGUAGAAGGGUCAGGACAUAGGUGAUUACAAAAGUACUAAUUAAAAAAAACAAACACUAAGCUUGUGCAUUAGUCGAUUCAUUGAACGACUCAACUUGCAUAUACCCACGGUUGAUUAGUUUACAAAUAUAUUGAUCCAUUUAAAACUAAAGUGCUUCUAUGUCAGAAAAACUACUAGCUGUCAAACGAACAGAAUGAUGCACAUGCCUAAAAAAUAGCCACAGGUGAAUGUGAUUUUAGAAAAAAAAUUUUACAAAAAAAGCGGCAAGGGGAUGGGCGUCAGAAAUUUUUCUAAAAUGUGAUGCUGCUUUGGACCUGGCAUAUAUUUAUAGACAUCUAAAAUUAUCUGGGCAUUUCUAAUUACUUGUAGUGUCUCCUCCUCCCAAUCGUUUAAUUUUUGCCUAAAUGUAUGCAAUUGUGAGUUUGCACAGUCCUAAUAGAAAAGAAAUGUCACUUUUAUGACAGAAUGCCAGCAGUUGCAGUGUUUAAAUGUAUGUAAAGGUUGCUCCUAUUACCUUACACACAAUCAGUGUAUAUUUGCGGGUAACCUAAUCCCCAAUGGAUUAAUUAUUCCUAACAAGGUAUUCUAAGAGUACUUUUUAUGGGGAUUUUAACCUCGUUUUAAAGAGACGGUCUCUGCAGCCAUAGAAUACAUCAGAUACCAACUAGUUUGUUUAUAGUUUAGUUUUACCCAAAAAUGAGCUUUGACCAUCUUAGUCACUAGCAUUGCUUAUCCUUGUUCACAUAUUAAUGGAUAAUUUCAGUCAAGAGGAAAUCACCAUUUUAGGGAUUGGCUUCCAUAAUUCAGUACAAGCAGAAGGAAGAAGAAGAUUGGAAGACAAAUUGGUCUUUAGAAAUGGUAAUAUCCCACAUUCAUUCCCCUGUGGAAUUGACUUGAAAGUGUGCAAGAACAUUCAAAACGAAAACUGGUUGGAUAAACUCAUGUAAUUAUUAUUUUGGGGGAGACCAAACUGUUCCAAGAUACUUCUAUCAUUAAAACUAGCUAACAUGCAAUUCUGUUUUACUUAUGGAAAGAUUACAUUUAAUUGCAGAGAAUAUUCCAUCUGCAGUUCUAGAAUACUGUUAUACCAGUCAUGGAACAUAUUAGUUUUAUAUUUAAAAUAAAGAGAGAAAAUGUGUAUCAAUCCAGCAUCUUUAAAAGGACACUCUGAACUCUAUAACCAUUAUAACUUAAUGUACUUCUGGUAUGAUUAAAUAGUUAUAAUAUAAUCAUUUAAUUCAUGCCAUUUUGUUAUCUUUGAAUAAAUUGCAGGUGCCACCUUUUGGGUACUUGUAUGGCGUGAGCUUGUUGAACUUCCAGCUGGGUAAGAGCACUGGGCCUGCUUGUAGUCUGCUCAUCUUACCUGAUGGUUGUCGAACAGGCUAGUAGCUGACAGCCCAAGCAAGCAUAGCUCUCUGACUUGGGCAACAUACAAUGCACCGUUAUUUCAAGACCAGAAUACUUAUGCAGGCAUGAUGGCUUUAAAAUAUUUCACUAAAAUGACAAAAGGAGUUUGGAGUUUGGGUGUUUAAGAUGCAUUCAAAUUUUGAACACCAAGUUUUUUUGUUUUUUUUUAAUCUGACUGCAAUAAGUUGUAGUGGUUAUGGUGCAUAGUGUCCCUUUAUGCAGGAGAAAAACUAGUUUAAUCUGACUGCAAUAAGUUGUAGUGGUUAUGGUGCAUAGUGUCCCUUUAUGCAGGAGAAAAACUAGUUUAAGAGUUACACCUGCUAGCAAUCUUAUUAGAUAUACAUUUUUUUUGUAUGGAAUGUGUUUUGCUUAUCUGGUUAGAUGUUACUGAUUGGAUUCUAUUUGCAGCCAUGUAAUGAAUCUCCCACUGAACAACUUUAUUAAGCAUAGAAUAAAAUAGAGCUAGGACUUUUAGGAAACUAUAGAUUAAACAAUUAUGUAAAAUGUUUAUAAGAUUUCUUGGGGUAGUGUGCUUGGAAUCUGUCUCAAAAAAUGGUGCUACAUAAUUUUUUUUGGUCUCUAGCAACUGUUAUAACCAGUUCAGCUCAUCAUAGUGGCUAUGGUGUAUUGGUGCGACCCUUGGAUUUCUGCCAAAACAUGACGAAAAUCGGGGUGCCCAUAACCUUCUCUGUUUCUGAACACAUAGUGGGUUAGUCCAGCACACUCAGUCCAUCAUUACUAUCCAAGACUGUACAUAUUAGCAUGUGCAGAGCAGCGUUAAAUGCAUAAUUGAAAAACAAUUUAAUCAUAGUUUUUGUCAACCUUGUUUUCAGGGAUAAAAACAAUACUAUAAAAUAGUGAUUGUGAUGAAAACUAUAGCGAAAGUUGAUAACAUUUUUGUCUAACGACUGAAACUAAAUCAAAAUUUGCGGUCAAAAUUGACUCAUAAUUUAAAGCAAAAAUUCAACUUUUAUACAAUAAGCUAUUGGCUGUAAAAUGCCAUUGCACAUAUUACCUGAAUGUAGAAAAUAAAACCGUUAUCUGCUGAAGGGACCUGCAUCCCUUGUUAGGCAAUUGUCUUGUUUAGAAUGUAUCUUUCAUUAGAUCUCAGUUGACUAAUUCUACUGUAGAUUAAGUAAAUUUAGAUAUUUAGUCAGCUGAAACAAUUCAGGUGACUAAAACAAAAAAUACUGCAGAGGAAGUAUGCUAUGGGUACUGUGGUACACCCAACCUGCUUCAAAAGUUUAGCAGAAAGCAAAGGUGGCACUACUAUACCAUAACCACUGCAUUGAGCUUAGUGCCAGUUUUUAUCGACCAUACGCAUUUGCUAUUUUCUUCAAUUUGUUUUUAUCAACAGACAAAGUUACAAUAUAGAAAUAGUGAUUAAGCCCUUUUUUUUUUUUGUUUAUUGAAUUGUGAUUUUAAAGAGAAGAUUUUGAUAGUUCUGAGGAGUUCUUUGCAUGUUGUAAUCUGGUUAUUUUGGCAUCUUGUCAACUGUACUAAUACAGCUAAUCUUUUCUACAGUAUAAUUUAAUACACAUUCACGCUUGUAAUGGUGGACAGAAAUGGGUUUUACAAGCUAAAAAAAGUUUUCUCACUACAUUCAUCAUUUAAAGGGAUUAGAAACACUCAGCCAACCUAUUGCUGUCGCCUUGUUUAGUUUUUAUUUUUUAACACUACUUUUGGUUAAUUGUUUUGUAACAGGCUUUGUAGUUAAAUCCUUCCAGAUUAUGAAACGGAACAUUUACAGAAUGGUUUAGAACAGAUUGUGGUCUUUGACUCAGGUUGUAUAUAGUCGUGCUUUCUGUACUAGAUUUUCUCGAUACAAUUUACAUACACACUUCUGUAGGAUUCGUUUUAAGAUCUGUAGGUUUGGAUGACUUAAUGAUUGCAAGACCGUGUUCAUAAUCAUAUUUAUUUAUUCCAAUUGGGUUUUCCCCCCAACUAGACUCUUUUCUGUGUGAGAUAAAGUAACAUGGUUAUCAGCUUACAGAGCUCUAUAAAACAAGCUAAGCAGUUACAUAUUGCUGUACUUGGUCCUAUACUGGAUGUACCAGCCGUCUGGAAAAGCCCCUGCUUAAUAUGGUCUCUGGUUUUGAUGGAAAAAUCUAAAAAUUGUCUAAAGAAUUUGAAGGCCUUUUAAGUUAGUCUUGGAAUGAAUAUGUUGUUGUAGCACCUUUUAUUUGCCAACCAUCUAUGGAAGCUUCACACAUGAUAGAAGAUAAUUGCAACAACCUCAGAUGUGCGGACAAAGAGUACUGAUGUACAUCUGUCAGGUGGUACCCAAUUAAUAUCCGAACUGCUCAGGCCAAAUAGCCAACCAAUAAAUUAAAUUCUGUACAUGAGGUCUCAGAACAUCUCUUUAUGAAUGGAAGGGGAAUAAGGCAAAGUGAAGGAUUCUCGUAAAUGCCUGGAUCGGUAAGUGCAACUCAAGUCAGCCACCUUAUACUGCACUCACCACUUAUCAACACUGGUCAUAUCUUUGUGGCAUUAACAAGCAAGAUGCAGGGAUGAAAAUAAAACUGCAAGUAUCCAUCACCCAUUACUGGUGAAGAAGCAUUGUUACCCAUAUGAGGAGCUCUGCAAAAUACCAAAGUAAACAGAGUUUGUGGGGUUUUUUGUUUUGUUUUAACUGGAGUGUGCUAGUUGGUUGGCUGUUUAAGGGCUUUAUAUACUUAGUUACUGUUAAAUAUCCUACAGAACGUCUGCCCUUACCUUUUCCCCACUUAUGUUAUACAGAGUAAUGUUCUGCAGGGCAUGUCUUAUUUUCUUACUUUAUACCUUUAUUGUUGAGAUACAUUUGGAAUCUGUGUAUAUUGUCUAUACACUUCAUAUUGCUUAAUGCCAGCACUGACCAUGUUUAAUUUCAUAAGUAAUGCCAUUAUGAUUUCUAUUCCCCAGAAAUAUGUAGACAGUAUGAUCUUUGUAAACAAGUUAUGCAAACUGACACCAAUAGUAAUCUGAAACUUUUUAUGUAAACUGAUGCUAGCAUAAAUAUAGAACAUAAGCACUUUUCCUUUUGUCUUUUACCAAAUAAUAUAACUGUAAUGUAUCAUAAAUAAUAUAACUGUAAUGGUACAUUCAUUUAACAAACAUUGCAAUUAUGUUAUGGUGUGCAAAAUAAGACUACUUUAGCCAUGCUUGUAAAACUCUGUUUAAACAGCAAUAUGUAUUUAAGGGUGGAUCUCAAAUCGUAACCAAUUCAGGUUACUAUCCUGAGUUAUAUUCAUUGAAAUUCAAAUUUUCACAAAUUAUGUAAACAGAGGUGAAAUUCGCAAAAAUUAUGACUGGCUGAUUUGCAUUUUUCAGCAAUUUUUCAUUUUUUUUGUCUGUUUUUCCAUUCAUAUCUAAUUAUCAAAAAAAAAAAGUGUAGUGAAUUAUAUUGUAUAGAUCAUGACCCUGAAAUCUCAAUGCACAGUUAGGUGUUAAGUCACUUUAUCCAGCCCAAGUCAUACUUCCCUGCAUGUGACUUGCAAACUCUAAACACUUCCUGUAAAGAGAUGUUUAAAUGUACUUACUUGCACAGACUGUUAGAAUUUCUCAUCACCAACUCGGCUGGUAGCUUUCUAGGCUCUGGAGUGUGAUUAAAAGCCAAUUUACAGAGCAAGGCAUGAAAAUCCUCUAAAGCAAGUUAAGAUCUGAUUGAAACUGUAACUAUCUUUUUAUUGCAUGUUGUAAGUCACAGCCAGGUGAGAUGGAACUAGGGUUGCAUGGUGAGAAACAUACGUGAUUUAACUCCUAAAUGUUAGAGGAUUGAGCCGUGAAACUGCAGGGGCAUGAUCUGUACACGUAACUGCGUCGUUUAAGUUCUUUUAAUGCCUGUAAUAUCCUUUUUAAGUAUGAUUGUUCAAUGUCACUGUUCAACUGCAUGUUUCAAUACCAUUCAUAUGAAUAGGCCCUGAAGUUUGGUUUUGUUUCUUGUUCCUGCAAAAUGUACUUCCUGUGUGACAUGUCUGUUCCCUACAAUAAUACAAAAAAAUUGUGAUACUGGUUUACUAGUCUUCAUGACCAGUGAUUUAUCAGGACUAUUAUGACAUAAAGGGUAACACCUAACUUGUUACGGUGGCAUUAGAAACUGAAGCAUUAGACUGUACACACGCUUCUGAUAAAAUAAGUCACAAUGUGUUAUGUAAGUUACACCCUUUUGAUUUUAAAUCUAAGCUUGUCGGCGAUCAUGAGGUUACUGAAGCAAGGGCAGCACUGAUUGCUAAAUACUACAUAUGUUUAGGUGAGGCCAUCUGUCCACAAACUGGGCAUAUUAUUAUGAAUUUUAAGUGGCUCUACUCCCAACACCCCCACCUACCACAAAAAUAGCAUUUUCUAAAGAUAAAAUCUUAAUGAAAUGCUCAUAAAUACUAUGUAAUUCCAACCCAGCCAAAACAUAUGACAAAGUAGUCCUUACUUUGUCUUAUGUAUUUUUCCACUUGACAAAGUUUUAAAGAGGCAGAGCUACCUCUGUCAAGAGGGGGAUGAGACUGCCUAUGGAGAAUCCUGUGGUGUUGCGGGAUCCUACAAUGACAGUGUUGUACUCUUGCGCAUGUGCAAGGAUACAGACUGGCUACAGGCAGAUGAGGCACCUGGAGCUGAAGAGGACUUCACAGAAGAAGAUGGUAGCGUGUGACAGGUUCGGGUAAGUUUAAAAAUGACCUCCCACUGCUUCCUGAGGUUAUUGGAAUGCAAGUAGAGCAGCCACUGUCUGGAGUCUUUAGAAAAUGUGAGCUGCUUUAAUAUUGGCUACACCAGUAUUAAUCAGGGGGUAAAAACUAAAAGGGAAGAUCCUCCAUCAUUUCUAAAUUUCCCUAUGAACACUAUGCAAACAUUGGGUUUAAAACUGAUGGUUGUGUUUAUUAACCCCAUGAUGACUAGUCCAUUUUUCAAUUUAGGACCCAGGGCUGUUUUUAAAUGUCUGGGGGGGCGGAGGGUUGUGUUUAGCUGUAAUUUUCCUUUUACUGUACCCACACACAUUAUAUACUGUGUUUCUCGCCAUUAAAUGGUCUUUCUAAAGAUACCAUUACUUUCAUCAUAUCAUAUAAUUUACUUUAAAAAAUUUUUUUUUAAAUAUGAUGAAAAAAUGUAUUAAAAAAAUCCCAGUUUUUCGAACUUUCACCCCCAAAAUCUGUUCUGCAUCUACAACCGCCAAAAAAACACCUGUGCUAAAUAGUUUCUAAAUUUUGUCCUGAGUUUAAAAAUACCCAAUAUUAACACGUUCUUAGCUUUUUGGGGUUUAUUUUUUGUGUGCAAGUUAUAGGGCUAUAAGUACAAGUAAAAUGUAUCAAUUGUGACAUUGUAACACUUAUCUGUAAUAAAUCUCUGAAUCACACUUCACAUUUACAUAUGUUUUUUAAAGUAGACAGCCCAGGGUAUUUAUUAUGUGGUAUGUCCAGUCUUUUGUAGUAGCCACUUAGUCACAAACACUGGCCAAAGUUAGCAUUUAUAUUUGAUCGUGUUAAAAAUGCAAAAUACUAUUAUGAACGCAAACUUUGGCCAGUGUUUGUGGUUACUAAAAAAGACUGGACAUACCCCAUUUGCAACACCUUGGGUUGUCUUCUUUUGCAAAUGGUAUGUCAUCAUUGGGGUAAUUCUCAUACCUAGGCUACCAUAUGCUCUCAAAGGCAACGUAACCAAUCUGGCAAAUUUCAAUGUGAAAAAACUGAAAAUAAAGCCUUAUAUCGUCAGUGAAAGUGCUGUUUGGGUGUGAAAAAGGCAAAAAAACUCACUUUCACUGACAAUAUCAUCGCUGUGAAAUGUUUCACUGUUAUGAAACACUAAUAUUUGUAUUCAGCGAAGUCUCCCGAGUAAAACCGUAAACACCAUGUACAGGUUUUAGGGUGUCUUGGAAAGUUACAAGGUUAAAUAUAGUGCUAGCAAAUUAAAUUCCAUGGACUUUCGGCCUGGGUUGUCAGGCAGGCCCCUCAAAUUGCAAUCAAUAAAAAUAUUUAUGUAAAAAUAUUACGUAAAUAUGCAUGUAGAAUUUAUAUAUUUGAAGUUUACCUGUAUAUUUAUGUAAUUAUGUAUAUUUCGUAUUUUUAUUUAUAGAUACAUAGAUAUAAAAUUUCAUUCUACGGGUAGUUUGAGAUAUAUAUAUAUAUAUAUAUAUAUAUUAAUAUCAAAAAAGUUAGAAAAAAAUUACAUAUACAUUUUUAAAAUUAUGUGUGUAAUUUUACUGUGUAUUUUUAUAUUAAUAUACGUAUAUAUUAAUAAAAAAAAUACACUUAGUAUGACAUGCAUGAUAUAUAUUAUAUAUAGAUAUAAUAUAUGUAUAUGUAUUUUUUAUAAUUUAUUACACUUUUUUUUUUUUUUUUACUUUUUUUUUCACUAGCAGGGGGUCUGCAGGCAGAUGCCUGGGCGCCUAUUGUGGCCAUGUGACUGCUCUUUUAGAGCGUUCACAUGGCCCAUGGGGUCUUAUUUUGCUGAGGGCGGGCUGUCAGACAAUCCCCCUCCACCCCCACUCCCCCCCCCAGUGAAGAACACCACCGAUUGCUGGCAGGGGGGCGGCGGCGGCGGCGAUUGGGUAAGUACAUGGUAAGUAAUUCAUUUUUUAUUUUUUUUUUAACUAUUAAAUUCUUCACUGAGUGCCUGGACCCCUCGAGGCACUCAGCACAGGCAGUGAGGAGGGGGUAUUGCAGGAUGUCUAGGCAUCACUGCAAUACCAUCAGAGCGGCUGAAAGAGAUCAUGAUCGCUUCCAGUGCUCUAAUUCCCCAUGGAUGUAUCGGGUACGUCCGAGGUGGUUAACAACAGUUUUUUGUCGGGCGUACCUGAUAUGUUCAAGGUCACUAAGGGGUUAACCCCAAAAACCUAUUGCUCAUUGUAGUGUAUAUAUUGUAAAGAGUUAGUGGGAGUUUGGGCUUAAUGACUGGUUUAUUCAUGAAUUUUACAUUUGAGCCAAAAUAGCCAAACUGAAAACAGAAUUCACUUCUAACUAAGGUGUUUUGGCCUACAUUUUGAAUUUCCAUAAAUUUCUACUUUAGUGAAUUGCUAAGAAAAUUCAACCUCUUGGUUUGCUUCUAGUUUGUUACAGAAGCAGUUUAUUAUAAUUUAGCACAGGUGAGAUAAAGUUCAGUUUAGGGGGAAUUCUUUUAUUCUUACAGAGUUCAGUCAUUUUACGAAGACCGUUUUGCUUAUACUAUUUUGUACUGUGUGAAGUUUUAGAAAUCUGACACAUGCAUAUUGAAGUCAUUUAUGUAUUUAAACGAAGAAUUGCAGUUUACUUAAUAACAUAACGGUGAGCAUUAAGCCCUAUUUAAAGUGAAACUUUAGUGGUUAUGGUGCUAUGAUCCCUCUUCCACCUAAGUAGUUAAACCAUUUUUAGAAUGGUUUAACUUUAUUAGCUGGGGUCCUCUGGGUGCAGGUCUGCGAGAGUCAGGAGCUCUCUUCACUAAGCAUGAUGGUGCAGGGCUUACCUCAGGAGAGCUAAUAGAAGCGCCUGGCAGGUUUGACGGGGGCACUCUUGGCUUCAUAACCACUAUGGCACUGAGCAAAAACAUAAAAGGAACACUAUAGUGUCAGGGAUCCAAAUAUGUAUUUCUGUCACUAUCAUCCUGAAGUGACUGAUUAGAUGCCCCCACGCCAUUCUCCCUAAAUUAAAAAAAAAAAUAAGGGAUUUUACGUGCCUUUCCCCCACCAACAACCGGUCUCGCUGCAGCUGGCCUCCCCUCCAUGGCAGAGAUUAUCAAUAGAGGUGAUCUCAGCCAAUCCAAUGUUUUCCCCCAGGAAAGCAUUGGAAGACUAUUGUGCAUGUACAGGAAAGUGCUGUGCCGAUCAGCAUCUUCUCAUAGAGAUGCAUUGAAUCAAUGUAUCAUUAUGAGUAAAUUUUAGUGUCUCCAUGCAGAGCGUGGAGACUCUGAAUGUCGGUGCUGCACAUUGUCCAGGAAGCACUUAUAGUGGCCGUCAGAGUAACUGUCGCUAGAGGUGUUACCAGGCAGCAAUGUAACACAUUCAUAUUUAAAAACCUGCAGGGUCAGGCAGUAGACACCAAACUCACUACAUUAAGCUUUAGUGGUUGCGGUGACUCUAGUCUUCCUUUAAAUUGUAGCUUUUAAUUUUGUCAGUCUCAAAUCACAAAUUGAAUGUUAAAUGCCCCUCUUUUGGUAGUAUGGUCACAUUGCAUUAUGUACGUCAACAAUGUUGGCUUUUUAAAAAAUGUGGUGUGUUUUUUCACCAAACACAAUGUUUGUGAAUUGAAACAAAAUUUAGGGAAAAAAUAGCUUGUUUGGAAAAACUAGUUGUGCAGUGUUUACGCCUAAAUCUUGCAAAUUUGUAUUCCGUUAGUUUGUUAUACAGUAAAUACAUUUGUGAUGUUUCUGUUAAUAGAUUUUAUUUUUAUUUGCAAUCUUUGUAAAAAAUUUUUAACCUGCUUAUGACUUUACCAGCUGAAAAGGAUUAAAAAACAAACAAAAAAAAUAACUACGGUUUGUCUCAUUUAGAAGAUGUUUAUUUAAGCUAACAGUACACUCUCUUCUAUGUUAACACGUACAAUAGAAUCCUACAAGGUGUAGUUAUGGAUAAAAAAAAAUUUGAAAAUGAUUGUAGCCAAGCCAGAAAGUCUUCUAUGAUUUAGCUUGUUAGGUAAAAUGCAUAGGAUUUCUGUUCUUCAUAGAAAAGACAUAUGUCUGUGCAUUUAUACUCUAUCUAAAAUAAAUUUAAAAAAAACAAGUAAGGCCAAGGACUCACGCUGUUUACAUAUUGCUGCAUUUGUAAAAUAAGCAUAGCCUAUGUUGAGUUUACCCUGACAAACCACAAAGUAACACUAUUGUGUAAGGAAUACAAAUCUGUAUUUCUGUCGCUCUAGUGCCCUAGUCACUGUUGAGGUUACUGGGCCAGCACUGCCAGGCUUAAAAAUGGGGGUUUGUUUACUUUUCUCCCUGGCAGUGAUGGUCUCUGGUGUGUAGCUCUGAUAAAUGGUCUCAGACAAUCUAAUGCUUCCCCAUAGAAAAACGCAGAGCUGUGCCACUAUGAUGGUUUCUCUAUUAGAUUAUCUGAUUGAAAUAGCAGGGUUUUAUACUAUUUCACGGUUUCGUCUCUAGUAUGAUGACCACUAGGGGCAGGUUAACCCAGCAAAGAAAAGAACAGCAAUGUUUUUAGUUACAGGGGUGCACAUGGCACCCAGACCACGUACUUGAGAUGAACUGGUCUUGGUGCCUAUAGUGUGCCUUUUAAGGACUUGAAGGCUCAAUUUAAAAAUCUACAGACCACUACUCAUGGUCUGAACAGGCAGAAUACACUUACACUUUUGUUUCUUUCUCUUUUUUUUAUGUUUGAAAUUUACUAAUAGUAAAAGUUAUUAAAAUUCCUUUUUUCCAGACCUUCACUUAUGAGUUCUCCUUUCUCACGUGAAUGAUUGUUUAGCUUUCUACUAGUGUGUGAUUUUGUUCAUGGUUCCCCAUUUGUUGGGAAUAGUUUUGCGAUAUCCCCCCUUGAGGUGGUAAAAUGUCUAUACUUUGUUAAAGCUUCCUGCUUUAGUUUACUUUCAUGGUUCUGACCUAUGCCCUUGAUGUUUUCAGACCAUCUGGGUAGGAUCUUUUACCAUUAGUCAGAAUUCUUUAUUUUCUUUAAGGGAAUAUCCAGUCUUCAAUAAUUCUUUAUUUUUAACAUUAGAAUUAUCCUAUUUGUGUAUAGAUAAAUGCCCAACUAAGAUAAAGUGCCUUUGGUGCUUAGUGCUCCCUAAAGGUAGGAAAAUUCUAAAAACCUACAAAGUUGUUCAUUUUGCUUGUAUGAAUAAGAAUUCCAUUCCAGUCGUUUCACAUUUGUAAAUUUAUGAUAGCUAGGCUUCCCUGCGUGACUUUGAAAAAAGGUCCAUAGUGAAGGGGUUUUGUAUUUAAUUUAUUAGUCACACUUCUUUGUACUCCUUUAAAGUUUUUAAAGCUUUUUUUCCAAGGUGUCUAGGUUUACUUAAGCAUUAACAUGAAAUGCAAACAGGGAGUGUUGUCCUCGAUAGAUGACACACAAAUAGAAUCAGGAGACUCAUUUUCGUAAGCAAAUAUAUGAAUAUGAUGCAUACACGUGAAAGUCCAGUUUCAACGUAUGUGUUUUGGGCGGUUUGUUUGGUUUUUGUACAUUAACUUAAAAGGUUAAUGCCACCUUUGUUUAAAGCAGGGGUUCUCAACGUUAGUCCCAGGACCCCCUACCAGUCCAGGGUUUAGGGAUUACCUGGGUGUGCCUAAGGUGUUUAGAAAAAGAAAAAAAAAACACCAAGGUGUUUUUUUCCCUUUUUCUAAACACCUGAGACACACCCAGGUAAUCCCCAAAUCCUGGACUGGUAGGGGUCCUGAGGACUGGGUUGAGAACCCCUGGUUUAAAGGGACACCAUUGAAGCAGCUGUGGUGUAUAGAUCAAGUCUCACUUCUCAAUUAUGUCAUUUAGGAGUUAAAUCUUUGUUUAUACAGCCCUAGUCACGCCUCACUUGCAUGUGACCUAUACAGUUUCCUACACAUUUUCUGUAAAGAGAAAUCUAAUGUUUAAACUUAUUUUAUUGCGCAUUGAUAUUUUUGCAAUUUAUCUUAUGCUCUGUUAGUAGCCUGCAUGAGCCUCCCUGGUGUGAUUAAAAUUCUAUUGACAGAACAGGAGAUGAAAACUUCUGGAGUUAACACAUUGUGCUCAUUGUAAAUGAAACAUAUUUUUUCCUGCAGGCUGUGUAAGUCAAAGACCGGGGAGGUGUGGCUAGGGUUUCACGGACUGAUAAAAACAUGACUCCUACUUCCUAAAUGGCAGAGAAUUGAACAGUGACACUGCAGGGACAAUCUAUACACCAAAACUGCUUCAUUUUGUUGGGGUUCUAAGAGUAUCCCUUUAAUAUGUGGAGCACUGAGCUAACAUUAAUUGUAAAUUUUACAAAUUUGCUUGUUCAUAAGAUAAAGUGGUACAUACUAGACUUGGGAACAAAUAAUUUACUCCCCAAACGCAUUGAUUUGUCCGGGAUUUACGUGAUGAUCGAUUCUUUUGGGUGUAGAUUAAUAUGAAUUCUAGUCCCCACAUUGUUUUACAAUAACUUUUUUUUUUGUUUCAGUGAGUUUUUCCUCAAAAAAAAAAAAGUGGCUCUGAAAAUGCAAUAAAUGCUGCAUUAAAUAAUGUUCAAAUGGAUCUGUGCCCCCCACCUCUGAAAAGGCAGCAUUUCCAUUGCAAAGACUACAGGGUCAGGCAAUAUACACCAAAACCACUACAUUAAGCUUGCCAUUUUUUUCCUCCUGAACUUAUGCUUAGACUACUUUUCGUUAUGUUUAACUCAAUGGUUUAAAAGAGGGUGCUUUGGUCUAGCACCACAGCCUUUGUCAAGUUUGUCCAGUGUCGCAUCAUGCCUGUAGUGGUAUGUCAGAGAUACUCUUGUGCAGUUGCGAGAGUCAACUGAGGUCAGGUGAAACAUCUGAAAUGGACAAGCGCGUGAACUUUUAGAUGAGGGAUGCAAUUGUGGAACAUCUGCUUUAACAUUUAGGUACAUCUCCUUGUUACUACUUUGGCAGGUCAUUAGAAAUUUAAUAUAGAUUUUGGUGUCAGUUUGCAUAAAAGUGUAAUUUAUAUAAUUUUAGUUAGAUGGAAUUUUAUUUAUUUUUUUUACCAAAAAAAUAGAAUGUGUAUUUCGUAAAUCUAUGUUCACAUUGAGCACUAUAUAAGCUGCCAACAGAAAACACAUUUUCCACUUUAUGGUGUUAAACAAAAUCUUCAGAAGUUGUACAAGUGCUCUGAUUUAAGCUGGCAAAACUGCUGAUUCUACUUAAGGUGGCAACCUUUCCAAACAUCAAUGUAGGUACACAAAUAUAUUUACACAAAAUACCACUAAUGUAGAACCCUUAUAUAAUCUAUGUAGUAGAUACAAUUUUUAAAAAUCCUAAAUUUACUGAUUAACUGCACAGGAUUGCUAAUGAAAGCCUUGGCAUGUACUUGUUUUGUUGUAUGUUUGUAUUUGUUUAUAUAUUUUCAUGCAAUGUUCAUUUUGUGAUAGAUGUGCAUGUUUUGCAUGUGUGGUUGGACACAAAAUCAGUGAGAAAAAUAUGUAUAAACUAGUCUUCCAAGAGGAGUUCAAUACAAGCAGUAGUCCUUCAUAUAUUUUAAUAGACUGUGCAUGCAUCCCAGUAGUACUUUAAAGGAACACUGUAAUCAGUAUGACAACCAUUAGAGGCGUGUUUAACACUUAAAAGUAAACAUGGCCCUUUCUGCAAGAGAGGAUUGUUUUAGCUUGACAGACUAAUCCUACAGGACAAUUAUACAAAGACCACUUUAUUGAGAUCAUUGGGUCACUUUAGUUGUCCUUUAACUCUGAUAAUGUUAAAAAACUUAUAUCGUAACGUACGAAAACCGCAAACCUCAGCAUGCAGUAACGAUUUUUUUUUUUUUUCACUAAAUUGCUACUAGUAGGAAAUUGCUAACUUUUGGUCAGAAUAGCAGCACUGGUAUUGUGGUGUCAAAUGUGUAAUUAUCAAGUUCCUAGAAUUCCUGGUUUUGUAAAUGUUCCUCUUGGAUCAGGUGGUGGCAGGUAGAUGGAAACGGUUGUAUGUCACUUGAUGAAUGCCCCUUAUUAUGACUAUAGAUUUUGUUUGUAUUGCUGAUCUAUAGUCUUAAAGAAAGUGGUUUGGUGUAAGACUCAUGCCCCUGCAGUCAUUUAGGAGUUAAAUCACUUUGUUUAUUAUGUUAUUUAUAUAGUGCCAACAAAUUCCACAGCCCUUAAUAAUGGGUGGACAAACAAACGUAGUUGUAACCAGACAAGUUGGACACACAGGAACAGAGGGGUUGAGGGCCCUGCUCAAUGAGCUCACAUGCUAGAGGGAGUGGGGUAUAGUGACACAAAAGGUAAGGAUAGUAUUAGACUAAUGACAGUUGCAAGAGAUGAAUCAGUCUGGAGCUAUUAAGUUUCUCCAUGCUCCUCAAGGCACACCUAACAGUCCAGGAUUUAGGGAUUAUCUGGGUGUGUCUAAGGUUUUUGUUUUUUUUCCUAAACACCUUAGGUGUGCCUUGAGGAGCAUUGAUUUAUCUGAUGCUCUGUUAAUUGCAUGUUAGAGCCUGCAGCUGCCUCUUCUGUGUUAAUAUUCAAUUAACAGAGUAGAAGAUAUGAAAUUCUAAAGUAAACACUCUCUGCUGUAAUUAAUUUUAUUUGGGGUAAAAAAAAAAUUCUAUAUAAUAAAAAAAGUGAUUUAACUUCUAAAAGGCAACAAAACAAGUACCUUAAUGAAGCAAUAUUGGGUUGUAGCUCCGUCUCACUACGUAGCAGGCAAUUGACAAUGCAGGGAAUAAGACAUUUCUAAAUUACACACUGUGCAGGAAGAGAAGAGGAAAAGAAAAUGGGCCCUUCUUCGGGAAGUUGUAGGGAGGCUGUGUGAAUCACAGCAGGGGCAGUGUAGCAAGGAUUUCAUGAACAAUGUGAUUUUUUAACUCCUAAAUGGCAAAACAAAUUGAGUAGUGUAACUCAUCUACACACCAACACAGCUGCAUUAAGCUAUGUUGUUUAGGUGAUUUUUGUUUCUGCAAAUUAUGAUCUACAAUGUUGAUGGUACUCCACUAAUUUUAUUUUAUUAACCUGGCACUUUACAACUAUAUAUUCUAAUUAAGAUGAUUUUGCUUGAAUAUUUUCCCUGUAGAGACAUUUACACAAUGUGACAUGAAUUGGACCAUUGGUGUCAUGGCCAUGUCUGUCUAGAAUACAGUCAAUUUAAAUAGAAGGGUUAUGUAGAAAACAUUUUAAUUAUAAAAAUAUCACCAAGGAAACCAAUGAAACAUUUCCUUUGUCUAAAACGGUACAAAACCAGUUCAAUCCACUCCCUGAACAAUCCAGGAUUUAGACACAAUUGGGUAAUUCCUAUUUCCUAGACUAUUUGGGGGUGGUUGGGGUGCAUGUUAGGAAUUAUUUGGGGAUCACUGGUCUAAAAAUUAAGAAAAGGGUGACUCACUACUUGGAGUACAGCAGCAGUAGUACCAUACUUUACAUUACCCCUUCUACCGUACUUUGAGUUUUGACGGGAUCAAUAUACGGUGGUGUAGGUUUGCUUUUGCCUUUCUGCAGCUCCCCCUUUUAAUGUAUCAUACUUUAAAUAGAAGGCACUCAUAGUGCCGUGGGUAAGACAAAUAUAGUGCACUGAGAAUAAGGCUUGGUUUGUUGCUCUGCCAAAGUCUAAACACAGGAGGACUUACUGAACCCGAUCCCAUCACAUGGAAGGGGCCCCUAGCAAUCCAGCCCUUCUGACCUGGUGAGUGAAGAUCGCAAUAUAACUGUUAAAGCUGUCUCAGUGCUUAAGUAGCACUCAUUAGUUUGCAAACACAAAUCCACAGCAAACGGGAUUAUUGCAUGCCCAUUUUCUAUCAUUUUAAAAUACAAAAAUGAGAAAUCUUUAAUCAAUCCAGUGAUGGCUUAUUUCGUCUCCAGAAUGCAAUAUUUUCCUCCAUUGAAAGGUCAGUGGUAUUUGGUAGCAGAGAUCGCUAUAUAAGAUUAUUCAAGUAAGCCAAUAUCACAAGAUAAAUUGUCAAACACACACUGCAUCUUUUGAAGAGGAGGAAGACCAGUAAUUUUGGGAUGGCUUAUGAAGAUUAAUAAUUAUCCUACAUGGAGAAGGGCAGUCCAAGAGGAAUCGAUGAAUCCUAUGACUUAUGCAACUUGGGGCCAGUAACUGGAAGCUGUUGGUUCAGUUCUAAUGGUGUUUUUGUAGACCAUCUCAGAUCCGGGCAUCUAUGCCAUUAUACUAUAUAGGGUGCAGUGGGUCGAAAAAGAAAUGAAUGAUGUACAUUGACAAUUAUCUAGGCUAUGAGAAUCAUAAACAUAUGUAUUAUCAUUUAAUUUAGCAUCAACACCUACAGCAAGGCCUUCUGUGAAUAAAUGAGUAAGACUAGUGUAAUUAAGGAGUCCAUUGUUAUAAGUACAGACUGCAUCUGGUCUUUAUAGAGAUAAAAUGGCAGUUUGAGGUAAAACCAGGGUUUUUAAACUUUGUUCUAACGUUCCCAGCUUGGACCAUAGAAACACAUGACACACUGAAUCAGCCCAGGCUUAGCAUGGAUAGGUCUUAACAGAGUCUCCAGAGACUUUUACAUCUGAAAACUGCGUUGGACUCUCCAUUAAUGUACUUAAUACCACACCUGGUACUAGAGAGACUCUAAUUUCAAAUGGUUUACUAGUUUAUCACAGUGUUCAUUUUAUUGAUCAACAUUUUUGAGAUUUAGUCGACUAAAAUACGACUAAAAUGGCUUUUUAGUCAAAAGACUGUCUAAAACUACAUUGGAAUUUUCUGCCAAAUUUAACACUGCACAGAGUAGCUGUGGAAGGGACAAAAGAGACACCUAGAGGGGAUGGAAGCACACAAAGAGACACACGGGCUGGGGAAGGAGCAAUAGAGACAGGCUUUAACUAAACCCAUUAGAUUUUAGUUGUCUCGACUAAAGUCUACUGGAUAUUUAGUCAACUAAAACAAUUCAGAUAAAAUACAACUAAAACGUCUUUUUAGUCAAAAGACUGACUAAAACUUGAUUGAAAUUUGUCGCCAAAAUUAACACUGGUUUACCAACGUUCCAAUGACAAACUUCGAACAAACGGUAUAAAGGUGAUUAUUCUAAAGUCAUUUCAGUUUUUCUUGGCAGAUAAGAAAAGUACCCUUAUUUACUAAUGGGAAAAUUAUCCGGAACUCUAAAUUUAUUUCAAAUUGAAAGCUGAAUUCUAUUUGUUUCCAGUUUGGUAUAAAUUUGAAAAUCACCUUAAAUCCCUGACCGUGUUCACUACAAUAAAUAACCAUGAAGGGCAAAGGGCAUCGGUAGAUACAUUCUGCAUGCUGUGUUUCAGAGCUGGCUAUGCGCAGUCCUAUUGUGCCAGAUACUGUGAGGAUAAAAAGUAUGAACUAAUACAAUUUCAGAAGGGAAAAAAAAAACAAAUCAUCCACUUAAUCAUUGGAAUUGUGAAAAGAAUAGGCUAAAUGCAAGGCAAUUGCAAAUUCAGCAUCAACCAACCAUAAUGGAAAAAUAGAUGUGGGAAGUCUUUUCGAUUGGCUUACCAUACUGCCCAAGGUCAGAAUUUGACAUUUGUGGUGAUUUAUAAAAGUCUAAGCUAUUUAAACUUCUUAUGAACAAAUAACGUACACAUCUUUGUAGUACGCUCUUAUAUACACUCAUACACGUAAAAAAUUUUACUCGUAAGAAUAUUGAGUAGGAUAUAUAUAUAUAUAUAUAUAUAUAAUUGGUGAAGUAGUGCUGGUUUUUAUUAUUCAGGCAUAUUUAGAUUUAUCACAUUUUAUUUUACUUUUAAGAAGUGAAUUAAUAAACUCUGCAAUGAUAGUCAAACUGUAUAACUAUAUGUAUGUUGGAGGGUAAGGGGCACUCGCAGAUGUGCAUAAUAUACAAAAAAAAUUACAAGACAUUUAAGAUACACCCAAAGAAAGCUCUGUAGUGUUCGACUACUUUAGACAAAUAUAUUUUUAUUUAACUGCAUUGAAGAGUUCUAAUGUACAAUACACCAUGAGAUUAUCCUGUGCUUCAAUAUAUAUAUAAUUUUUUUUUUUUCUUGAAUUGUGCCAAGUGCAUCAUUUUUCCAAAAUAAAAUAAAAAAUAACCUUCUAGUUUCACUGCUUUGCAUUCCAUUUUACAUACCCAAUAGCUGUUUUCGGUACACAUACACAAAUAAACCUAUUCUGUGUUGAGUUGCAUGGUGAAAUGACAAGAAUGGUUGUCUGGUUUCAUGCUGUACAUGUGGUUUAAAUCCCUAGCAAGCAUGACUUUAUGGGGAACCUUACCACUCUCCCACUAAAACCACAGAUUGCACCAGAAAUGACCGAGAUCACAGCCACCUCUGUCUGAAGAGGACAUUCUGCAAAAGAAGCAGAGUGAUUUGGAAUUUUUAUUUUCAAAUGUGUUAAAUCCAUAAUUUGUUAAAAUCUUCCAUGGAGUAUCUAUUUGAUUUUAAUUUAAACUAAAGUGAACAUGAGUAAUUGAAUUUAAUUUUAGAAAAAAAUAUAAUUUAAAAAAAAUGUUUUUUAAAGUUUGACCCGUAGCUAAAGAAACACUGCUGAAUGCUGGGUGAUCGCGACUUGCACAAUUCACAAAGUGAUCGCAAACCUCAUAUGUAUUACUAAUAUAUGCCUUUAGGCUUGGUUACAAAUGUGGGAAUUGCUGAGAAUUCAAAAUGGAUAGUGAAUUUAAGCUCCCAAUAUUUGUAUUGCACCAGUUCCCCAGGUCAACUUUCUUUUUCACUUUUUCUACCCUACGAUUCUACCCUACGAUUCCGCUAAUGUGAACUAAAAUGUAAUAAUUUGGAAUUUGCUUGGCAGUCUAUUAAUUACUCAUUAAAGUGUAACUUAUCAGAAUUUAAAAUGAAUGUACGCUAAAAGACAAAUAGAAAAUACUGGUAAUUUAUAUAUAUUUUGUAGUGCCGAGUGUGGAUCUGUCCAUAGAGUAAAUGUUUUGUUUACAUUCUAAUUUGCUAACUGGUGACGUCACCUGUGUUUUGCCUCUUCUCUGCCACUUUUUACCACUUGAGCUAGUUUUAUCCUAAGACAUUAUGAACUAUAAGCCAAGAGAUUACCGCGACACAAUGUUGGAUAGAAGAAAUUCCUCUUAGAUUAGUUUUAUUUCUUCUCGACGUAGAGCAAUUGAAAUGUUUUUUGCAUUUUGAACGUUUAAACAUUUUGAUUAUACAACAAUUUAGACUUUGGCUAAAAUUUAAAGGAUAAUUUGGUUAUCGUAUAAUGUUUUGUCCGAUUAAGCCCCUUUAAGUUACACCUAUUUUUUAGUUGCAGUUUUGUUUCCCCUCAAUAACCAAUUAAGUUUGUAGUAUACUAUUAAUUUUAUGGAGAAAUGUCUUUUAAAAGUUUUGAAAGAUUUUGUUUAGUAUUUUUUUUUUCCCCUGGGAAUAAUACUCCAGAGCGUCUACGUGGUGUUGUUCAGUAAAGUCUGAAUAUAGAAAUUCUGUUUAAAUAACCAAAGCAAUUUUUAUAUUUGCUAAGGGCAAAUCUGGUUAAAGUUCUUUUACUUUAACAGAAUGAGCACAUCUCCUAAUAGAUGGUGACUAAACUUGCCCACUCACAGAACAACUAACUAGCAAAGGGUUAAAGUAUGAACAUUAUAUAUUGCAUCAUAUUUAUAAAAUAAGCAUGCAGUAUGCAUUUAUAGCUUAAUCUUCACAGUAUCAUCUCAAUGAAGUGGUCCAGUCCUUGUUUACAUUGCAGGGCUAAAUCAUCCACUAGUGGCUAUUACACAGACAGCCACUAGAGGUGCUUAUUCGACACUGAACGAGGAAACUUAGCCACGUGAUGAUAAAACCCACAUAAGGAAGCUUUAUACUGGACAUCGAGGGAGCCCCGGCGCUGGAAAAGUGUUAAAUAAAUUUUUUUAAGAUGCCAAAAUUCCAGAGUAUUGCAUUAUGCAAUGAUGCCUUUUUUUUUUUUUUUACUAAAAUAUUUCAAAGACAAGCUUUCGAGAGUUUUCCUCUCUUCUUCAGGUCUGAAACAAUAUUGAUCAAUCUGAUAGAGUUUAACAAUAAAAAAAAGGUAGCGUUGCAUACUGCAACACUGAUGUUUUGGCAUCUUGUCUACUGGACUAAAACGGCUAAUCCAAUCUACACUGAAAUUAUUUAUACAUUUUAUUAGUUUAUAUGGCAAUUAUUAUUUUGUUAUUUCUGAGGCUUCGUGUUCCUUUAAACUUUAAUUAUUGGGGUGUAAUUUACCCAUUCCCAGGAGUUGAUUAUCAAAGUGGUGAAAAUGACAGAUUAUUCAGUUGAACUGACUUUGGCCAAUUAGUUUGUGUCCGAGCAUGUGGUGGCAUAUUGUCAUAAUUUUUUCCCACAUUUCAGCCCUUUGAAUGCUUCUGGAUAGUCUGAAAUGCAGACUACAUUGAAGGUAAUUUGGAAACUGGUAAACUCCAGACAUUGCUAAAUCUUGUGAAUGCCCCCGGACAGUUCCAGAUUAUUUAGCUAAUCAGGACUAGGGGAUUCAGACUUUAGUGAAAACUCCAAUGCAGUUUAACAGGCAGAGGUUUUUGCUAGUUCAAGUGUAUUUGUGCAUUUUAUGGUCUUUUUCACAUCCUAGCACUAUCGAUGAUUUCAGUCAAUGGUAUAAUAGCUUUCAUUACCCAAGGACGGAGGCAAUUGAACAAGUUCUGAUCAAAACGAAACCUGAAAUUUCAGCUACAUUUCUGUUCAGCCAUACUUCCAAUCUUUCAUAUGAAGUGCACCUAUGCUUUGUUAUAUAUUAUUUUAUUGAGGAGAAACAGGGCUUCCAUUUCAUUUUCUACAUGGCAUUUAAACUAUGAAUGUCAGAAUACUGUUAGCGUUUACUGCAAUAAAAUACACAUAUUUGUUUUCAGUGAUGUCUCACGUGUACGACAAUAGUGUCCUUGUACAGGUUUUAUGGGCUUGUGGAAACUUACAAGGUCAAAUUUAGGGCUUUCUCCUUUUAAGUUUUUACACAUUAAAAUUUGCCAGAUUGGUUUCCUGGGCCUUUGUUGCCUUUGAGACCAUAUAGCAGCCAAGGAAUUAGAAUUAUCCCCAUCAUGUCAUACCAUUUGCAAAAGUAGACAACCCAGGUAUUCAAUAUGGGGUAUGCCAAGUCUUGUUUAGUAGAAACCUAGUCACAAACCCUGGCCAAAGGUAGCGUUCAUAUUUGUUUUUUGCGUUUUUCCACACAAACAAACUGCUCUUUCACUGAUGAUAUUGUCAUCCUGAUAUGUAUUACUGUUUUAAGACACUAAUAUUUGUGUUCAGCAAACUCUCCCGAGUACAGAAGUACAAGCUUUAUGGUGUUUUUACAGGGUUAAAUAUAGGGCUUGCAAAUUAAAUUGUCUGGUCUUUCUGCCUGAGUUGUCAGGCAGGUCACUCAUAAUGUAAAUAAUCACAUAAUUAUGUAAAAUGAUUUCAUAAAUAUACAUGUAGAAUUUAAAUAUAUUUGUGUGUGGUCAGAGACAAAAGGCAGAGUUAUGUUAGUGGUGCACAAGUCUGUUGUGUGCCAAAACAGAUGUUCGAGUAGGCCUGUAAAAAGAGGUCCACUAAUUUAAAUGGCUUGAUAAAGGGAGUUGUGGGUGGGCUGAACUAGACAGUCUAAGCCCAGAGAAAGGGGCAGCCUGUGUAUUUAUAGGCUUGGGUAUCCCCACCCACAACUACAAGCUCCGCCUUUACACAUAGAAUUGAAUACAUUUUACAUAUAUAUAUAUGUGUAUUUUGAUAUCAAUAUUAUAUAUUAAUAUUAAAAUACACUUAGAAUGAUAGUGUAUAUGUAUAUUUGUGUGCUCAGAUAGAUAUAAUCUAAGUUUGCAUUUUGUUAGUAAAACAUUUUUACUAACUUUAUUUCACCUUUGGGGACUGCCUGACAACCCGAGUGCUUUGGACUGCCAUUCCCGCUCCGGCCAUGUGAUUGUGAUGUCACAUGGGUUGUCGGGCAGUCCCCCCAAACUGGGUUGCCGUGGUGGGUAAGUGAAGGGGAUGCGGCUAUCCACUGGGCGUGCUAAAAUACCCUGAGGCUUUAAAGCACACAUUUUUCAGGCCGUUCUUAAGGGAUUACAGAGGGUGGGUUUUACAUUCUUAUCUAAAUCUUGUAGCACUCUCUGCAGUUAUUAUUACUGGCUUGAUCUUAAAUUAAGGGCUUCAUUCACCAUUAAAAUGCAUAGACAAGCAAGGUUUAGCAAUUGUUUUUAAUGCUAUAUGUUAUUCAAAACAUGUUUCUGUUUGUGAAAUUAAAUUGCUUUUAUUAUAACUUGUUUUGUUUAUCUUUAAACCUGUAUUAAAAUUUGUAUAUUGUGUAUUUGUAGGUGCAUCUCAAGCGGCGCAAUCUCAGGGACCUCCUUCUGAACCGCAACAAGGUCCUCCUCCAGAUCAACAUCAGGGACCUCCCUCUGGCUCCCACCAGGGACCUUCUUCUGGUCCACAACAUGAGCUCCCUAGUCCACAUCAGGGACCUCCUUCUGGCCCCCACCAGGGACCUCCUUCUGGCCCCCACCAGGGACCUCCUUCUGGCCCCCACCAGGGACCUCCUUCUGGCCAUCACCAGGGACCUCCUUCUGGCCACCACCAGGGACCUCCUUCUGGCCACCACCAGGGACCUCCUUCUGGCCACCACCAGGGACCUCCUUCUGGCCCACACUAUGAGCCUCAUGGUCCACACUAUGAGCCUCAUGGUCCACACUAUGAGCCUCAUGGUCCACACCAAGGGCCUGGUUCUGGCCCACACUAUGAUCCUCAAGGGCCCCAUUCUGGCCCACACUAUGAGCAACCUGGUCCACACCAAGGGCCACAUUCUGGCCCACACUAUGAGGCAACUGGGCCACAUUCGGGCCCACACUAUGAUCCUCAUGGUCCACAUCAAGGUGCACAUUCGGGCCCACAUCAUGGUCCUCCAUCAGGACCUCAUUAUGAACCUCCUGGCCCACACCAUGGCCCACAUUCUGGUCCUGGAACGGGUCAAUCGACUGGGCUUCUGGGUGCUAGACCUGGAUUAAUACCUCUGCAAAGGCCACCUGGAGUUCCCCCACCUCACAUGCAAAGAUUUCAGUCAAUGCCUCACAGACAGAUGCCUCCUCAUAUGAUGCACAGAGGCCCCCCUGGACAAGGAGGAUAUGGAAUGAGGGGACCUUUUCCACCUCAAGGUCACUUUUCUAGACAAGGAGGGCCAGGGGGCCAUGGUCCUGAAGAUAGGGAAGGAAGGCAAUUUAGAAAUGAUCGACCUGGAUUUAACCCAGAACGAGAGAGAUAUGUUAGGAGACCAUUUGGGAAUCGAAAUGAAGAUGAGAGAGAAUAUUUUGACAACCGUCUUGAUGAGCACGAUCAUGAGCGAUCAAGCAAUCGUGGCAGGAGAAACUGGGGAAGAGGAAGUCCUGAUCAUGAACGGUAUAGAGAUCCAGAGGAGAGAAGUAGAUGGUCAAUGGGCCGAGAGAGAGAACCCGAGCCUUACAGAGGAAUGCCAGAAAUGCGGGAGAACCGCAAACAUGAUAUGCUUAUGGAGUUUGAUGAUGAGCAUGAGUCAUUUGAGGAUAAAAUUGAUGCUUCAGAGAAAGUUUCAAAAUUUGAUAAGGUUAAAGAAGAAACCUCUGAAAAUAAGCCGGCUGAAGAGGUACCAGCUAAGGCUUCUGAACAAAAAGAAAAGGAUUCUGUACCUACAACAGAAUCUCCACACUAAGACUUACUACUUUCAAAGACAACAUUGUUCAUGUGUAGAGCUUCGAAUAUGUACAGUAUGCUGUAAAAUAUUUGCUUCAGCUUAAUUGCCAACCCUUUGAUAGUUCCUGAAGAAUCGUAAACAAUUGGUUUUCCUUAUUUAAAAUGCAAAUUUAACACCCCCAAAAAAUUUACGCGGGGGAAGGAAGAAUAUAAGUGCCCAGUUUUGCUGUAACUUUUUAAGAAUCUGCAAAAGUUUAUUAUUUUUUUUUUUUUCUUUGAGGGGGAAAAUACCAACAUCCUUAAGGCUCGCCUAAUCAUUAGGGAUACAUUUUUAAUAAACUCUAUUUUCGUAACAAACAUUUGUGUGAUAUUAUUCCGGUACUGCCAUCAAUAAAUUGGUAUUAUUUAACCCCCAAAUGAAUGAGUUAUUGUGGAAAUAUCUUUAAAUUUCAAGAUGAUCUCUUGACAACAUUAGUGCAGCUGUGUUACUAUUAACAUACAGAAAUUAGACAUUUUUUAUUUUCUUUUUAAUCUGGUUGUUUUGAAAUAGUUAAAGCAAUUUUGCAUUUUUUGAGGAGGUGUAAAGCAGUGUUCUACAUCCUUGAAGAACUGCUUCAAAGGCACUUCUGUAGAAUGUUCUAAAUGUUUGCUAUUUACUAUGUUUUUGUUAAUGUUUUUUUUGUUUCUGAUUAAAAUAUGACAGUAUGCGUUUUUAGUAUGCAAGAUAAUGUUCUGAAUAAUUUUUGGCUCUCCUAGCUUCUUCUAUUACUGCUUUUUCACAAACUACAGAUUUUUAAUUUCUACCUUCCACCUCUUUCGUUUGUUCUUAGUAGACGCACGCAUCCAUAGGGGUCUGUUCAUGAAAGAUUUUUACUUGAAAUUUGUCUUUUGGUGCUGUUUUUUUUUUCUCAUCACUAUUAUAGCCUGCAGCGUACUUAGAAACAUUUAGCUGGUUAAAGGAACACUCAAAUCACCAUGACACUAAAGAUCGCUUACCUGAGCUAAGCCCUGGAAUUUAGGGCUCAUUUCCUAAAGCAUCUCUGGCAUUUAGUAAUGGAGGUGGGGAGCAGUGCCAAGUGGUGCCAGGUAAGUAAGCAUUCAAAAAUAGUUUGACUACUUACAUUAGGAGGAUAUUAGGGCAUUUCAUCUCCAUAACCGCUACAAUGUACUGUAAUAGUUAUGGUGCUUGGCGUGUUAAAAAAAAACCCAACACAGUACAAUGUUUUCUUAACAGCCACAAAAAAACACCGUACAAUGACUUUCUGAUCACUAACUUUAAUUUGCCAUACUCGUAAAAUACAUAUGAAGAUUUUAUUUUUUUGUUAGUUUAUGUUAUGUUUUUCAAUGGUGUGCUUCUGCGAGUGCAAUGAAGACCUUGAAUCCAAGUUUUACAUUGGCCCAAUGGCCCCCCAAGUGAACUGUAGUUUUUGCUAACUUUCUGUCUGUCUAACCUAGAGAGUCAUAAAAGCCACAGAACAACAUCUUGCAUACAUGGCAAACCGUUUGAUUCAGGGUUUUUUUUGUUUUUUUUCUCCAAUUUAUUAAGACUUGAAAGAGGUGGAUAGAAUGUCUACCUGGUUUUACUGAUUCAUGAUUUCAGUUGGUUAUGAAACCUCUCGUUGUUUAAGUUUUACAUAGACCUUAAAAUUUUGGACUAUAAUAAAAAUUUUGUCACUGAACCUGUUCACUGAUACGGAUAAAAUUGGUAAAUUAAAACCCAUUUUAAGACUAA